AUGCCACGUGGUAAGGGCUGCAUGCGCGAGCUGCAGAGAGAGCGUCGGCUGGAAGACUGCGUGGCGGCACCGCCAAGGCCGCAGCGCCCUGCCCUGGCUCGAUUUUGAGUGACGCUCCAUUUCAACUCACUCCUUCGACCUUCACCAACACCUCAAGACAAAGCCCUCCUCCACACGUCGUCAGAUUACAGCGUGAGUACCUCUCAAGCCCAAAGCUGCUCUCAAUAUCGGCAAUUAUCUCGCUUCCGCGGCUGCGAGCAGAAGGAUGGGGACCUCAGUAAGCUCGUCGAUUGCGAGCAGGCCUCGAUCCUUCCGAGCCAAAGCUGGACCAAUCAAAUGGCGCCCUCGAAAAGCAUGUCGAGGGGCUCAAAGUUCUCGCAAGGAAGGGAACAGCGGUGCAGUGGGGCCACAAUUUGCCAAUUCGCAUCUCGGUCGGACAGCCGCCGCGAUGGGGUGAAGCCUCGGCCUUUGGAGCACGCUGCAGCUCGCAUCAAUUGGGAAAGUGCGGAGGAUUGGAAGCGCAGUGGAGAGAAGGGGAUGAGAUUGAAGACGCUCGAAGGGCUAAGGACAAGCAGUGGCGAGCGCACAAGAUCAGUAGUCAUCGAGAGAUGGAGAUACUUGCAGUCCGCUAGGCGAAGUACAGAGCGCCUGAAGGUCUGGCGACUACGCAACGGGUUGUGGAUGAUGAUGUGGCGCUGGUUAGAGAGCGUCAGAAGCUGACCUGCUGUCAAUCACUUGUACAGAAGAUGGCACGAUUCACCGAGUACCUGGUCAUUGGCCGCCACCUCCCCACGGAGCGCGAGCCUACCCCCAACCUCUACCGCAUGCGCAUCUUCGCGCCUAACCCCACUGUCGCCAAGUCCCGCUUCUGGUACUUCGUGCGUCAAUUGAGGAAGAUGAAGAGGGCCACUGGUGAGAUUGUUGCAUGCCACGAGGUGAGUGAUGGCUGAUAAAUCGCAAUGCUAGGGGCCGUCAGGAGCUCACCAUGGAUGUUUGACGCUCGUCUCGCAGAUCCACGAGGCCAAGCCUCUCAAGGUCAAGAACUUUGGCAUCUGGCUGCGUUACAACUCCCGAUCCGGCACUCACAACAUGUACAAGGAGUACCGCGAAUUGUCUCGUGCCGAAGCUGUUGAGCAUAUGUACCAAGACAUGGCCGCUCGUCACCGUGCUCGUUUUGCAUCCAUCCACGUGAGUAGGGAAUGACGAUGCAGGGAGGCAUUCGAGCAGUACCUAGGUCAGGUUUCGCAUCAGCGACGUCGUUCGAUCAUUGGCAGCGCUUCGCAAGAAAGGCUCGUUUGGACCGCUCAGGCUUGCCAUUGUGGUCCAACUCCGAAGCUCACCUUCCCGCUCGUCCCGGUCGUCAGAUUCUCAAGGUGUCCGAGGUGGAGAAGACGUCCGACAUCCGCCGAUCAUACAUCAAGCAGUUGGUGAGUCUGCGUCUGCAGCUUUCAUGGUGUAGCCUACUAGGUCUGACCUCCUUUCGUGCAUCUGCACGCACAGAUUACUCCCAACUUGCGCUUCCCUCUGCCUCACCGCCGCCCCGUCGCUCGCAGCGUCUUCGCCGGCCAGCGACCCAGCACUUGGGCCUGA